AUGCCCGCGCUAACUUUCCGACUUGUUAUUGCCUGUCAACUCAGUGGCGAAGACGAUGAAGAUGAGGAAGACACACGGACAAUGUCGAAGGAUCGAAUACUCGAAGCAAUUAGGCAUAAACGCGAGAUAAUUGGUAAACUUCGCAGUCAACCAUGGAAUAUGAAACGAAAGCGAAGGACAUUGAAAGUUGCCCAGCGCCAUCUUCAACGGCAAGAGGCAAAAGUUUCAAAAGUACGGUUAUUUAAAGCUGAAGCAGGGAGAAGAAUCACCCUAAUGAGCCGGUGGUUCGACAACAUCAAGAUUUAUCUCAUACCAUGGGAAGCGAAAAUAAAACGCAUAGAAAGUCACUUUGGAUCCGUUGUUAGUUCUUAUUUCACUUUUUUGCGAUGGACUCUUGGAGUCAAUGUUACUAUGACUGUUAUAAUGUUAAUGUUUGUCAUCAUUCCAGAAGGUUACAUGGAAUAUUCCUUAAUAUUUUACGAGGUAAAUCUCCAAUAUCUACUCCAUGAGGCAUGUCAAUAUGCGCUCAAAAUCACCACAACUACCGUCAUAUAGUU